AUUUGAUCCCUGCGGAGAUUGUUUUUGCGCUGUUUGUCUUGAUUUGGCUACUUUCCUUUCUUGCUAUUAAAGCGCUGCUGUCCGUCGAUAAACACAUGGAAAAUGAGGUGCAACGCGCAGAUGGAGGAAGACAGCAGUUGAAAAUGCUUUGAAAAAGGCUCUCAGAAAAUACUAAGUGCAAGCAUUGGACAUUGCAUUGUAUGCUGUUUUAUCACGACAGGAAACCUGUGUCCCGUCCUGAUAAAAAAUGGACUGCGAUGAGUGCCAGUUCCUGACUGGACAUGUGGACUGUUAGGUAAGAUCCAACAGAGGAGACAACACUUCAGACACGGCCCUGCCCAAGACAAACAGGAUCCGAACCCUGGGGGUCAUGGACUCUCCAUAGCCAGAGGAGACAAUUCUUCAGUGUUAUAAUCAGGAAUCGCUUAUAAUAGAUGACAAGAAAGCCAAAGUGUUAUUUUGGCGGAGUCUUUUUUUGUAGCAGCCGCUGCCAGAGAAGACAGCUGUCCUCGAUUUUGAUAAAUCAUGAUCCCCAUAACUGAGCUGCGCUAUUUUGUGGAUACGCAACCUGCAUAUCGCAUUCUAAAGCCAUGGUGGGACGUCUUCACAGACUAUUUAUCAGUCAUCAUGCUGAUGAUUGCUGUAUUUGGCGGCACACUUCAGGUCACACAGGACAAGAUGAUCUGCCUACCCUGCAAAUGGGUGGUUAACAAGACUUGUAGAAAGUAUUUAAAUUCAACUUUUUCUGUGCCCUUGACUCUCGAACCUCAAGGAAUCCAGUAUGACCUUGAUCGUCACCAGUACAACUAUAUCGAUGCUGUAUGCUAUGAAAACAAGCUUCACUGGUUUGCUAAGUAUUUCCCAUAUUUGGUGCUGUUGCAUACGCUCAUCUUCCUGGCUUGCAGCAACUUCUGGUUCAAAUUCCCUUGGACAAGCUCUAAAUUGGAACAUUUUGUGUCUAUUCUUUUGAAAUGUUUUGAUUCGCCAUGGACCACACGAGCUCUGUCUGAAACAGUAGUGGAGGAAAGUGACCCCAAAGCUCUGGUGAAAAUGAAUGGCUCCUUUGAUAAGAAGGCUUCAUAUGUCAGUGAGGACGUUGAGGCGAGUGUUCCCAUGCUGUCAACAACCAGGUCUCGUUUUGAACAAGGAAUUGUGGACCACUCUGAAACUGGUGUCCUGGACAAAAAGGAGGGUGAACAGGCAAAGGCAUUGUUUGAAAAGGUGAAGAAGUUUCGAAUUCAUGUCGAAGAGAGCGACAUAGUGUACAGACUCUACAUCCGACAGACUAUCAUCAAAGUAGUUAAAUUUAUCCUUAUAAUCUGCUAUACAGGUUACUAUGUCCACAAUAUUCAAUUCAGUGUUGACUGCAGUGUGGAUAUUGAGAAUCUCACAGGUUAUCAAAUGUACAAUUGUGCCCAUCCCUUGGCCACUCUCUUUAAAAUCUUAGCAUGCUUCUACAUCAGUCUAGUAGUUGUGUAUGGGAUGAUCUGCAUGUACACCCUUAGCUGGAUGCUACGACGUUCGCUCAAGAAAUAUUCUUUUGAGUCUAUCAGGGAGGAGAGUAGCUAUAGUGACAUCCCAGAUGUGAAAAAUGACUUUGCCUUCAUGCUGCAUAUGAUUGACCAGUACGACCCCCUUUAUUCCAAACGAUUUGCAGUUUUCCUCUCAGAGGUGAGUGAGAACAAACUUCGCCAGAUGAACCUUAACAACGAGUGGACUUUAGACAAGCUUCGGCAGAGGAUAACCAAAAAUUCACAAGAGAAGUUAGAGCUGCACCUAUUUAUGCUCAGUGGAAUUCCAGACACAGUUUUUGACGUGGUAGAGCUGGAGGUUCUGAAACUUGAGCUCAUCCCUGAUGUCACCAUACCACCUAUCAUUGCCCAACUAACCAGCCUCAGAGAGAUGUGGCUCUACCACACACCAGCCAAAAUCGAAGCUCCAGCCCUGGCGUUUUUGAGAGAGAACUUGAAAUCACUGCAUAUCAAAUUCACUGAUAUAAAGGAGAUCCCUCUGUGGAUCUACAGCUUGAAGAACCUAAGCGAGUUGCAUCUGACUGGGAACCUUAGUUCUGAAAACAAUCGCUACAUUGUCAUUGACGGUUUACGAGAGCUGAAGCGACUAAAGGUUUUGAGACUAAAAAGUAACCUUACAAAGCUGCCACAGGUGGUUACUGAUGUUGGAAUGCACCUUCAAAAGUUGUCCAUCAACAAUGAAGGCACCAAGUUGAUGGUGCUCAACAGCUUGAAGAAGAUGGUGAACCUGACAGAGCUGGAACUCGUCCGCUGUGAUUUGGAACGCAUACCACAUUCCAUCUUCAGCCUGCACAACUUACAGGAGAUUGAUCUUAAAGACAAUAACCUCAAAACCAUUGAGGAGAUCAUUAGUUUUCAGCAUCUUCAUCGACUUGUUUGUCUGAAACUGUGGUAUAAUCAGAUUGCGUAUGUACCCAUCCAAAUAGGUAAAUUGACCAAUCUGGAGCGCCUCUAUUUGAACCGCAACAAAAUUGAGAAGAUGCCAAAUCAGCUCUUCUUCUGUCGGAAGCUUAGGUUUCUUGAUCUAAGCCAUAACAAUCUAACUGACAUCCCAUCUGAAAUAGGACGAUUACAGAACCUUCAGUACCUUGCUGUAACUGCAAAUAGGAUUGAGGCUCUUCCCCCGGAGUUGUUUCAGUGUAAGAAAUUGCGUACACUGAACUUCGGAAACAACUGCCUGCAGUCCCUGCCCUCUCGGUUUGGGGAGCUCACCAGUCUGACUCAGCUUGAGCUGAGGGGCAACAGGCUUGAGGGCCUGCCUGUAGAACUUGGGGAGUGCAGAUUGCUGAAGAGAAGUGGCAUAAUUGUGGAGGACAAUAUUUUCAACACUUUACCAUCAGAGGUCAAAGAGCAGCUUUGGAGGAAUGAAAAAGAGGCUGCUUGAAAUCAAGAUGCAUAAAUCUUAAAGCACUGCACUGUGUGAAAAAUUUAUGAAAUGCUGUGUGGAGGGGAAUUUUAACAAAGCAAUACAAAAGUAUUAAAUUUGUCACUUUUUUCAGGGGUGAGGAUGUUUCCUGGAAGACAAAGGAAAAGAAAUACUUUAAGUAUUGUAAGCCAUGUAAUGUUUUAGUGAUACAGAAGACAUUUUCUGUAACCCAGACAGCAAUGACAUUUCUGCUGUUAUACAGUGCAGUGAAAAUGUAUUUGCCGCAUCCUGAUUUCUUCUAUGUUUGUCUAUAUCGUAUACUAAAUUGUUUCAUAAAUUAAAAUAAAAUCUAACAUAAAACAAAAGCAAUCUGAAUAAACACAAAAAAAACAUAUUUUUAAUUGAUAAUGUUAUUUAUUGAAGCAAAAAAGUUAUCCAGUACCAACUGGGCCUGUUUGAAAAAAGUAUUUGCCCCCUUAAUUGCUCCCCAAAUCUAUGAAACUGUAUUCAUAAUAGGGUUCAGCUGGACUAGACACAUCCAGGCAUGAUUACUGCCAGCCCUGUUCAAUCAAAUCAACACCUAAAUAUAACUUUUUCAGCAGCAUGAAGUUGGAUAAAAGGUCUCACCCAGAAGCACACUAUGCCAAGGUUGAAAGAAAUUCCAGAAAUGAUGAGAAAAAAGGUGAUUGAAAUACAUCAGUCUGGGAAGGGUUAAAAAGCUUUCAAAGGCUCUGGGAUUCCAAAGAACCACAGUGAGAGCCAUUAUCUCCAAAUGGAGAAAACUUGGCACAGUAGUUAACUUUCCCAAAAGUGGCCAUCUUUCCAAAUUCCUCCAAGAGCACAGUGACGACUCAUCCAGGAAGUCACAAAAAAGCCAAGGACAACAUCCCAGGAACUGCAGGCCUAUAAAGGUCAUCAAUAAAUGUCACUGUUCAUGACUCCACUAUCAGAAAGACACAGGCCAAAAAUUCCAUCCAUGGAGGUGUGGUGAGGCGAUAACCACUGCUAACCCAGAAGAACAUUAAGGCUUGUUUGAAUUUUACCAAAACACACCUUGAUGAUCCUCAAACCUUUUGGGAGAAUGUUCUGUGGAACUGUUUGGAAGACAGUACCGUUAAAUCUGGCAUAAAUCAAACACAGAAUUCCACAAAAAGAACAUCAUACCGAUGGUCAAUCAUGGUGGUAUUCUGAUGGUGUGGGAAUGCUUUGCUGCUUCAGUGCCUGGGCAACUUGCAAUAAUUGAGGGAAACCUGAAUUCUGCUCUAUCAGAACAUCCUAAAGGAGAAUGUCCUAUCAUCAGUCAAGUGCAACUGGAUUGUGCAGCAGGACAAUGAUCCAAAGCAUAGGAGUAAGUCCACCUCUGAAUGGCUCAAAAGAAGCUAAAUUAAAGUAUUGGAGUGGCCUAGUCAAAGUCCUGAAUUGAACCCAAUUGAGAUGCUGUGUAAGGACAUUAAACUGGCAGUUAUUGCUCAAAAACCCUCCAAUGUGGCUGAAAUGAAGCAGUUCUGCAAAGAAGAGUGGGCCAAAAUUCCACCACAGCAUUGUGAAUGACUAAUUUCCAGUUAUCGCAGGCGUUUGGUUGCAGUUGUUGCUGCUACAGGUGGCACAACCAGCUAUUAGUAUAAGGGGGCAGUUCUUUUUUCACAUGAUGAUAUACCUGUAGGUGUUGGAUAACUUUUUUGCUUCAAUAAUAUACAUUUAUUUGAAAACUGUAUUUUGUGUUUACUCAGGUUGCCUUUGUUUUAUAUCUCGUUUGAAAAUCUAAAACAAUUUGGUAUGAAAAAUACACAAAAAUAUAAGAAAUCAGGGGGCAAAUACUUUUCUACAGCAAUGUACAUUGAGAAUGAGUGAGCAGACUAAAUAUUACAUCUUGACUAAGGUGCUGUUCAUGUUGGCCUUAAUUAAAAUACACAACACAAUUUUAUGAAUAUUGCAUUUUAUUCUAAACAUUUGAAUGGAUUUUUUAACUUGUCUAACCGUGUAAGUGUUGUCUGAAAUGCUGUUUGAGCGCGUUUACAUACACACCAGUGCACUUAUUACUCCCAAAAAAGCAGCCUUUUAAAAAAUAUCUGACAAAGCAAGAAAUCUGCGUUUUAUUCUCUGCUUUUGACAUUUCAAUCUGUGAAAAUAUGUGCAGACAUUGGAUAAGCCAGUAAAUACGCUGGUUAUGGUGUUUACAUGCUAUGCAAAAUUGGUGUAAUGGCCAAAAAUCUACCUGUGUUGAUCGGUUUAUUCUUACAACGUUUAUGAUCUUACACCGAUAAAGGAAAGCCGUUUAAUGCGUUUACAAGACUACACUUGGCUUAUUAAGCAUAAUCAGUGUAAGAACUUGCAUGUAAACGCGUUCAUUGAUUGCCUUUUGCUUAUCUAUGUAUCAGUACUCCCCAUUCAACCCCAUCAGAGUUGACUGUUUCCUGCUGUAACAUCUAUUAAGCUUUCUUUGAAAUUAUUGGGCGAUGUUGUUCAAAUUACUCCACCUUGAUCUGUUGGGGUUAAUAUAUUUUAAAAACAUAGAGAAUGCUUAGUAAAUGCUUGUUUUUUCAAACAUGCACUACGAGUUAUCUUGCAGAAUAAAAUGCUGUACAGCCUUUUUCUCACACUUACUAUGUAAAAUGCAAGUAACCUCUGCUGCAUGAAUUAUAUAAUUCCUUAAAUUUCAAAGGUUUAGGGAAAUUUAUAAUUCAGUAUUCAGUGCCCUUUCACUUAAUCUUAGUGAGUUUGUUAUUGUCUACUCUACUGUGUAAAAAAAGGACUUGUUAAUCCCUGUAAUGAAAGUUCAGUAAUGUGUGUUAACUGAAUACAGUAUGUUUGGUUGCGUGAAGUAUUUGCAGUAUUUAUUACUUGAUGCAAAAACGAAAGAUAACAUUGAAAUAUUGUGCUACAGACAUCUACAUGUUUUUAUUUGUAUUAAGUAUAUUACUAUUACAAAUAGUUUUUCAAGAAGUUUGCCUUUCAAGAAGUCUGCUUGAUUACAUUACACUUUACAAAUAUACAGCACCUUGUUUUCACCAGACUGCUCACUUUGAAAUGCCUUGAAUUAUCAAAUAAGAAUUUUCUAACAAAUAGUUUACCAUUUGUUGUAAUGGUAGAUUAUCCAUUUGUAUUCUGUUGCCCGGCAUGUAAACUUUCACAUGGAAAAACUUAAACUUUGCACUAAACCUUCUUCCAGCUUAUUCUCAUGUCAUGUUAUUCUCAAGACAUUGCAUGACAACACACUGUUAAGAAGACAAUCAGUAUUUCGUGAAAUGUUGUGUAUGUGCAAUGCAGUGUUGUGAGUAUGUUAGACAUUGACUGAAUUAUAACUAGUUUUCAGUUUUGAAUACAGAUUAAUACUGUAUGCUAGUAUGCCUCUAGUAGAUUAACCUUGCUGUUUUGGCUUGCUAUUUUAAUAGCCAUAUUCAAUUUGACAAACAUGUUACUUUUGAAAGGUUAUUGAACAUAUUGCAUAUUGUUUAUUACCUCAAGUAUGAAAUAGUUUAGGAUUUAUUACAUUUUUCAAUAUAUCCACAUUGGAAGCUAAAGCUAAUACAAUAUCAGAUCGUAUUAAUACUCAGGUAAGUGCCAUUCAACUUUGUACACUUGCAGCUCAGUCAAAGUUUUGUGUUUGUUUUUUAAAAUUGUGCUUAAAACAAAUGAUGCCAUGUUUAUUCUUCCAGUGUUAACAUUGAACCAUUUGUUAUAUUUAUGGAUGAUGAUGGAUUAUAUGUAUUAUGUAAACCCAAUUUUUUGUUAAGUAUAUUAUGUAAAAUUUGAAUUAAAUACCACCAACUGUAUCAAGCCAUACAGAGUGAAUAAACACUCUGUAUUCUCCAGUGUGAAUAAAAUUCA